UACUUCUCUUCUAGAAUUCCACUUACUUCUCCCCCUCACUCUCAUUCCUUUCUUCUCACUCCCUCGUCUCUCUCUCACCGUAAGACCAGACUCUCCUCUCUCCUUCACGGCAAACCACUUUUCUCUCAAGGGAGACCAUCUCCAGCUUCUAUCUCCGUUGACUCUCUCGCCGAUCCCAUCAAAAUGAGUACCGAUGAGCUUCUCAGCAUCGAGCCUCAAGAGCUCCAAUUCCCUUUUGAAUUAAGGAAGCAGAUCUCGUGUUCUCUCCGGUUGUUAAAUAAGAGUGACUAUUAUGUUGCUUUCAAGAUUAAGACAACAAAUCCAAAGAAGUAUUGUGUUAGGCCUAACACAGGAGUCGUGUUGCCAAGGUCCACUUGUGAUGUUAUAGUUACAAUGCAAGCACAAAAGGAGAUGCCACCUGAUAUGCAAUGCAAGGACAAGUUCUUACUUCAGAGUGUAAUUACAAGUCCUGGAGCUACACCUAAGGAUAUCACUCCAGAGAUGUUUAAUAAGGAGGCAGGACAUGAAGUUGAAGAGUGCAAAUUGAGGGUUGCUUAUGUUGCUCCACCUAGACCACCGUCGCCGGUGCAUGAAGGAUCAGAGGAAGGUUCUUCACCUAGAGUUUCUGUGUCGGAUAAUGGGAAUCUUAGUUCUUCUGAACAGACUGCUGUUUCACGGUCUUAUGUCCAGGGACCAGAACCUGAAGAAAACUCGUCUGAGGAAAGGGCUCUUAUUUCCAAGCUGACAGAGGAAAGAAAUUCUGCUAUUCAGGAAAAAAAGCAACUUCAGCAAGAACUGGAGCUGUUGAGGCAUCAUCCUAGCAAAAGUCGAGGAGGUAUCCCCUUCACGUACAUAAUUCUUGUUGGCUUGGUAGGCAUCAUUUUGGGGUACCUCAUGAAAAGGACAUGACCAGUGUCUGUCAGUCAUGACUCACAUCUGUAGCGAAAUAGUCGAAAUGUGGAAUAUUUGGGUCAUCAGAUGUGUGGAUGAUCGGAUGUAACUCUUUAUUGUACUGGUCUGUAUCUAUCCUAGGGGAACAUGCCAAAAGUGACUGGUAAGAGGGAACUGCUGUUCCUUUUAUUACGUUUUACCAGAAAUUGACAUCAAGGAACUGAGUGUUUUGUAAUUGCCGACGCCACAGGUUUGCUAAAUUGUGACCGAUUUCGAAAAAAAUUAUAUCACUCCACCAUUUACUUUA